GCAGCAGCAGCAGCAACAACAACUGCAAAUGCAAUUGCAUCAACAACUGCAGCAGCAGUUAGCAUUUCAAAUGCAAUCCCAACUGGCUACGCCAGUGCAGUCAAUGAAGGUUCCGUCCACUUCGCUGCCACAGCCGCAGUCGCUGCCACAGGCGCCGCUGCCUAGUCAAAUGCCUAAAUUGCCGCAGCCGCCGCUGUUCUGGCAGCGCGAGGCUCAACAGCAUCAGGCCAAGAUGCAGUCGGAUAUGAUUGCCACUCAGCAGUGGGACAUGCCAGCGGCUCCAAACGUGAUGCGCCCACAGCUGAUCAGGCCGCAGCCACAGCAACCACAGCAGCCACAGCAGGCAGCGCAGACGCCGCAGCAGCUGCUGCUGCAACAACAUUUGCAGCGACUCGCUAAUGCAGCUCUGCAAACGCUCCUGCCAACGCCUCAGCUAGCUCAACAGCUGCCACAGCAGCAGCAGCACCACCAACAACAACCACCGAUAGUUCCGUCACUUGACGUGCCAAAAUCGAACGGCGGCGCCUACCACAAGGGCUAUGUUCACUACAACAGUAGCAACAACUUCAACAACUACAACAGCGGCAACAUCGGCAACAUCGGCAACAACAACAACAACAACGCCCCAACCUUCUUUGCCAAUAACAGCAGCAACUACACAGGCAACAACAGCAACAAUGGCAACAACGGGAACAACAAUCGUCAGCUGGAUGGCAGCUUCUUUGGCAACGGGAGUCAACGUCGCACCUCGAUCCAAGACUUUGUGCCCAUUCAGGCCUAUCGCCCCAAGAAAACUCAGCGUCCGGCUGACGGGGAAGCUCUAGCUGCUCCAGCUCAAGGCGGGCAGGCAUUGGAUAAAUACGAAAAGACCAACAACAGCGCCGCUCUCCAUGAUCCGCUAAAGGAGAACACCCCAACUAAUUCUACGGCAACAAUAACUGUCGCAGUGCAGUCAACUGAGGACGAGGCCAGCUCGGAGUUAAUGAGAACCCUCAAGAUAAUGCCUUCAGGUGCUGAAGCCACUGGAGGAAGCAAAGAGGAGUCCGUGCUUAUAAAGCCAAAGGUGGUUCGUAAGCCGCGUGUUCCGCGCAUUGGAGCCAAAUUCGAUCUGGAGUACAUCAUGCCCUAAACAGGACUCUGACGUGAAAAGGAAUAAGACUAAAUGAAGAAUCCUCAAAAUAUACUCUUGUCAGAGUUAUUUUCGUUCGUUUUAGUUUUAUUUUGCAUCUGCAUAAUUCUAGAUUCUAUAUUUUCCAUCUUUUUAUUUUUCUCACUUUUUUUUUUUUUAAUGUUUGUGGAGCAGCGAUAGCUCCUUUCGACUGCUAUGAAUAGACAUUAGUAUUAUAUAUAGAGCGCUAUGUUUGUAUAGUUAUAUAUAUCAUUUUAUAUAUGUCUAUAUAUAUAUAUAUAAUUGUGUAUAUAUCAUCUCAAACUCCUAAGCUCACACACAAGAAAAAAAAAAAAAAAUAAAAAUAACAACGUAGGAAAUGAGAAAUGAAAACGAAAACUGAAAUUGAAAUAAACACAAGUUUGUUACUGGAAAACAAAAUAUAAAUGUUAGAGAAUAUACUUAUACCAUAAUUGUAGGUGUAAGAGUGUAAAGCCUUCCAAAAACAAAGCGAACAAGAGACAACUCGAAAGAGCGGGAGGAAGAGAGAUAGAGAGCUAGAUAAAGUAAUCUUUUCUCAAGAAAAAAGAGUUUUAUUCAAAUUCCGUAGAAUUUAAGCUUCUGUACGUGAGUUACGAAGGUAAAGGUUUGUUUUAUCAAUCAGAAAUUUAUUUAACUACAAUUUAUUUAAAAAAAUUUGUAUUUAUUUAAAAAAAUGGCUUUUAAGAUAAACCGUAGACAUUUAAGAGAAAGAGAGAUAGACAAACGCCUAUGUGUACCUAAAGAACUCAUUAAAUCUCGAAAAUGACA